CAUGUUUCAGUCCAGUCGUGUGUGAGUCGCUUUACUGGCAGUGUGGGCCCAGUGCCUACUUGUGUGACAGACUGAGAAAAGAAAAAAAAAACAUUCAGUGCCAUAUCUCGAGAGAUCCAGCCUCUCUCUACGAUUGAUUUACUAUUACAAAUUUAGCAACAUGAUGAUAUUAAGGUUACUUUUAGUCGCGUUAACGGCGAUAACGGUCAAACCGGAUGCCUUCCACACUGGAUUUCCUCCGCCGAUUCAUGCAGGGUUCCGCCCUGGCGGCCGCAGCUUUAGUAGCUCAGCGGGACAGCGAUCUGACAACAGCCAUUGUGCCCUUUUAAUCCCAGGACCCGGCAAAUCGUCCUCCAGAGAUCACGCCUUCGGUGUAUUCAACGGUAUCCAGAACCACGCGGUCGAGGGCUACACUUGCAUCAGCUUCCAGAGCGUGAAUGCGGCCUUCAAGGCAGCGAGGGACAAACUGGGCCUUCCGAGACCCGGGAAAAAUCCGGAUCCGGAAGAACAGUCAACUCUCGCCGUUGUCCUUUUGGAAACCACUCGAAACCUUGCCCAGGAAUACAACUUACCGAAGGAUGUUUUGAUUAACGGCCUACCUCUUGUGGACUCCUUCAAAACCAUAGUCGGCGCCGUUUGCCCUGAUUUCUUCCCGCCAUACACAUGCCAGAUAUCCAAGUACCGAUCAUACAACGGGCGCUGCAACAAUCUCGACAACCCUGUCUGGGGAUCCAAGAACACCGUUUUCAAACGGCGUCUUCCUCCUGACUAUUCUGACGGUAUCGAUGCCCCUCGUAUUGGUCAUGGAGGAUACCCACUUCCUUCCCCCCGUGUUGUUUCUGCCCAUCUGCAUCGCGACGAAGGUCUCCACGAUCACGCAGUCACCAUCAUGGCCGUAGCUUGGGGUCAGGCUAUUGAUCACGAUUUCACAUUAACGGCUGAGUCCAAAGACCCAAUUACCAAGUUGGAACCAAAAUGCUGCGAAAAUGAGCGCAAUCAUCCCGCCUGUUUCCCCAUCCCCGUUCCCGACAAGGAUCCAUUCUACUCUCUCUUCAGACAGAAGUGCAUCAACGUCGUGAGGUCUCUUCCUGGCCUUAAAUACGGAUGCAAACUAGGUCCUCGUUCUCAGGUCAACUUAGUGACUUCUUACUUAGAUGGUAACUGGGUCUACGGCAGCGACGAAGAUACGGCCAACAGGAUUCGGUUGCACCGAGGAGGUCUCCUGAAGUCCUUGCCUGUCUUCCGCGAAUACGGCAUGAAGGAUCUCCUCCCGCUGAAGCUUCAGGAUCCCGAGGACGGCUGUAUCAGACCCAACAAUGACGUCUACUGCUUCGAUGCUGGUGACGGCCGUGUCAACGAACAGCUGGUCUUGGCUGUGAUCCACACCCUGAUGAUGCGAGAGCACAACAGAAUUGCCACCGAAUUGUACAAGAUUAACCCUCAUUGGGACGAUGAAACACUUUACCAGGAAAGUCGCCAUAUUAUCGCAUCACAAAUCCAACACAUCAGUUACAACGAAUUCUUACCCAUGAUCCUUGGCAAGGACGUCAUGACCAAAUACGGAAUCAUUUUGGAAAAGCAUGGUUACUUCGAUGGAUACGACCCCAAGAUUGAUGUCUCGAUGUCUGCCAAUUUCAUUACUUCUGCCUUCAGAUUUGGACACUCUCUUCUUCCCUCCACCGUUGAGAGAUGGAGCCCUGGCAACAAAUACAUUGGGUCUCAGCGUCUGAGUCACAUGUUGCGUCAACCUUACGAUCUCUACAAAGGUGGAUGGUGCGAUCAGUAUAUCAUGGGUCUAACCAACCAGGUUGCGCAAGCUAUGGACGACGCUGUCACACAGGAGGUAACCAACCAUCUCUUCCAAGAUCCUGACAAGAAGUGGGGUAUGGAUUUGGCUGCCAUUAAUAUGCAGAGGGGCAGAGAACAUGGGGUACCUUCAUAUAACAGGUUUAGAGAGUUCUGCGGCCUUCCCAGGGCGCACAAAUUCGAUGAUCUUCUGGGAUCAAUGAGCAACAAGACCGUUAAUCGCUAUGCUGACGUUUACAGGCAUCCUGACGACAUUGACCUUUGGAGUGGUGGAGUGAGCGAGCGCCCCUUACCUGGCUCUAUGGUAGGACCCACCUUCAGUUGUUUAAUUGGACUCACCUUCAAGGAACUCAGAUACGGAGACAGAUAUUGGUAUGAGAACAGAGGUUUCUCGUCAUCUUUCACUCCAGAACAACUGGAAGAAAUCAGAAAAGUUAAGUUGUCGAGAAUUAUUUGUGAUAACAGCGAUGACAUCAAGGUGAUGCAAGUGUAUGCCAUGGUGCUGCCUGACCAUGAAAUCAACCCCAGAGUGCCUUGCAACUCUGGAAUUUUGCCAAGAAUGGACCUUAGCAAAUGGCGAGAUCCUCAUGGACCUCAUCCUCGCCCUCAGGCAGGUCCUAUCCCUGUAGUUGAACUCAAUCCUCUCAUUCUCCCCGAAAAUACCAAAUCUCACUUCCAGUUCCCUUCCGGAGGAUCUGUCCCUUCGAACAACAUACCCAAAGACAUAUCUCAGAAUCCUCCUCCUCCUCCUAUCCGCCAACCCCCGACCCCAUUCAACCACCCUAAACCUCAUGCAACCACCAUCACCAUCGACGGGCCGACGACUGCCAUUUCCGUCAGCGACCCUUCCCCCCCUCCUCCCCAGUUCGGUCCCGUGAAACCUUCCAGCGAAAUCCAUAUCAUUGAAAGUCCUCAUCCAGCACUCUCUUACGGUAUCCCUUUUCCCCCUCCUCCUCCACCUCCACCUCCUCCCUCUCACCCUGAAGCAUUCCAUCCUCCACCCCCGAUUCCCGAGUCAUUUCAUCCUCUCUCCCCUUCCUACAGUGGUCCAGGUCCCUUUCCAGCAGAAAUCCACGAACCCAUAAACGUAGUGCCCCUUCAGGUUAUUCAUUCCGGACUAGUUGGCCACAGACCAUCGUAUGGGCCCCCGCCCCUGCCCCCGCCCCCUGAUGUCCACGUCGACUUCGACGCCCCUGUGGAGUACUGCCAAGGCAACUUCAAGCCGCUGUCGACUUCCUACGGACCUCCCCCUGUUCGCCGUCGAAACAAAAAUCCAUUCAAGCAAUUCUUAGGGCAUUUAGGUUUCAAAGGAUAAUGCUACAUCUGCGUUCAACGUUUUGUAUUCUUAUUGUUAGCCUAAUUUAUAUGUAACCGUUCUGUGAAUUAGUAUUGCCGUUCUGUUAAUUGCAGCAUGUAAUUACGUCACGUAACAGGUGCUUUUGGCUCAUAAGAUGCCCAAGAGAAGAUGACCAUCACACUGAGAUGUCAUAAACCAAAGGGACGAUGGGUUUUUCUUCGCAGAAAAAAAUAUGCUCUAAGAACCAUACAUAAGAUUACCUCGUAUCUAGACUCAGACAUUGCAAAAUGUUUGUCAAAGGGGAUGGUCACGCUUGACUGAGAAAGAUGAAAAUCAUAGGAAUUUUCCAAUUUGAUAAAGGAGAUUGCAGAUCUGCUAAUUGAGCAACCACCACUUCAGUGACAAAAUGUAGCCAUUUGUAAAUCAUAUAUUUGACGCAAUAGUUUUUAUACUAGUUGCAUCUGUAUACAGAUAAGUCCAUUUAUAUAAAGAAAGAGAAAAAAACAUAAUUUCAAGUUUUGAUAGUUUCAUAUGAGUUUUUCAUUAUAUUAUCGCCAGGAAUGGAUAUUGUAAGUGUUUUUUUUUCACGGAAGCAAAUUUAUUCACUUUCAGUGUCAGGUUAGGAAAAGAUUGUUGUUGACAUAAUCCACACACUAGAUGCUGCUUGUACCUAGUCAAUUAAAGCACAAAUGAUUAAACACGACAGUUGUUUAGAGAUUUCUUGCAAAUCUCGCGAAUCCUGGCCAAAAUAUACAUGGUUGAUUUUUGUCACUUGCCUAUUUCUGCAUGUUAAUAAAUAUUAAAAAUAAAAGCCUAUUGAUAUGACAUGGCCUAAGGUCCACAAUGUCAUUUCUGGCUGAAGUUGAAACAAAAAUAAUACCUCUUCUUCUUUCUGAUUCACGCAAUUGUAAAUCCUGUGACAGCUGUCCCUCUGUUAUCUACCCAAAGUUUAAUCCUUGGGGAAUACAUAUACCUGGAAUUCAUCAAAUCAAACUGAUGAAUCAUGCCAUUGUAUGUUUAACUUGUAGGAUAAGUGAUAAUUCACGGAUAUUAAAACAAUUUUUGCAACAUACAUGUAGACAUACUCUCAGAUUAUAUAUAUAUAUAUAUAUAUAUAUAUAUAUAUAUAUAUAUAUAUAUGUAUAUAUAUAUAUACACACACACACACACACACAUAUAUAUAUAUAUAUAUAUAUAUAUAUAUAUAUAUAUAUAUAUAUAUAAAAUGUUAGCUUGCAUAUAUAUCACAAUAUAAUGAGUACGCUUUAACCAAUCGUUUAUGAAUUACAAUCAAUAUUAAGCUAAACUCAAUAUUUAGUGAUUAUAUAAUGAUAGAACCCUUUCACAAAAUACUCGCAAAGAUGAUGUACAUAAAAUACGUAAACUAUAACCCAAAGGUUAAAGCUGCAAGUAAAACAUGAUCAGCUUUACACUCAUAUUUUAUGCUUUUUUUUUAUAUCCGUGAAUUUUCGUUCAUGAAAUAGCACCUGACUCAAUGUGAGUUUCUUUGGUUUUUGCUGUUUCAUUUUUAUUUCAUUUUGUACAUAAGUCAUAGAUAGUAUAUGUUGACAACGUUUUGAUUUGUUUUCAUUUGCCAAAAGCUCUGCCAACCAAAUAUUACCCCAAUUUCAAUCAAUGUUAGCGAGGCAGACGUAAAAAUAAUUUUUGUUCUUGUAUUUUCUAUAGUAGUAGUCUAUGAACAUCGUUUUUUAUCUUCCUUUUGAGUUAUUUUCAAUGUAUAUUCAACAUUUUUUCCAAUAAAAGCUUUGAAGAUA